GGGUUGCCUGUGAUCAUGGGAAACAGCAUUUUUGCAAACUGCUGUAAGCAUGUAACUGAUCUAAUCUUCCAGACACGCAGUUUUAAUUCGUGUGAUGAGAGGUCACCCCUCUUACCCAAACCUCCCGCAAGCUGCACCGUCUCCCCAGACGUGCCAGAAGCUUCCCAGUGUCCUGGGCCGUAUCCAGACGUUAUCCCCAGCGAGGCAGUGACUGAAAGCCUACAAAAAUGCACAGAGUACAUCCAAGACUCACCCGAGGCCAAGGGCGAAGAAGAAACGGCAACGGCCUGUGGUAGCAGCUGCUCAAAACUCGGCUUUGCUGCCGCUGGCCUACCGCAGCAGACAGAGGCAUCCCGUGCCUUGGCUGUCCUUCCCCUCGACCUUGAGAAAGGGUCAGCAGCGCUGUUGCGUGGUGCUCAGCUGCUUGAGGCCUGCCAGUGCCAUGUGAAACUUGAGGACGGCAGUUUAGGUCGUAGAUCAUGCAACCAGGAAGAGCAUGUGGCUGCCACGGCCUGCGGAGCACUUCCUGCCACCCCGCAGCGAAGCCCCCACUGCUGUGGGGAGGCAACAGCCUUGAAGUCAGAAACGUCCUUCGCGGAUCCGGGCAGCUUGUCAAAAUGCAGAUCUACUGCUCCCUCCUUGGGGAGCUGUGAAACCCUUGAAACAUCUACCUCUGAUCUGUCAGCAAACACAGAAGGAAUCCCUAGCGUCCCAGAGACGGUCUUGUCCUCUUUGCUCUGCGAUGAGCCGUUGUCGCAGACUCAGGAUACGGGUGCUGAUUCUGCGUUGACUGACCGUACCGCUUGGCCCAGUGGCAGCUUAAAUUGUGACACCGGCUCUAAAGUGCACACACUGUCGUCAAAGCAGCAGAAGAAGAGGAAGAGGAAAAAGAAGCUUGCACUUCUAGAGCACUCGUCUGGCGUGGCACUCAUGAAUGGCAGCGGCCCGCACGAGAGCCUCAAGGGCGACAAGGACGCGCGGCAGAACGGCCACGAGGAGGCUGAGCCGGGGGAAGAUGGGAACGACCAGGAGGUCAUUGUCAUACAGGACACAGGAUUUACCGUCAAGAUCUGCGCGCCCGGGAUAGAGCCCUUUUCCCUCCAGGUGUCUCCUCAAGAAAUGGUACAAGAGAUCCACCAAGUUUUGAUGGACCGAGAAGAUACCUGCCACCGGACUUGCUUCUCUCUGCAGCUGGAUGGCAAUGUCCUUGAUAAUUUUGCUGAGCUAAAAACCAUUGAAGGACUGCAGGAAGGCUCAUUGCUGAAAGUAGUGGAAGAGCCAUACACAGUGCGAGAAGCCAGGAUACAUGUGCGUCACAUUCGAGACCUUCUGAAGAGUCUUGACCCAUCAGAUGCUUUCAAUGGUGUGGACUGUAAUUCACUGUCAUUCCUGAGUGUUUUCACUGAAGGAGACCUGGGAGACAGUGGAAAACGAAAGAAGAAGGGUACAGAAAUGGAACAAAUUGACUGCACCCCUCCCGAACAUAUCCUGCCAGGUAGCAAAGAGAGACCCCUGUGUGCCCUUCAGCCCCAGAACAGAGACUGGAAGCCUUUGCAGUGCCUAAAGGUAUUGACGAUGAGUGGCUGGAACCCUCCACCUGGUAACCGGAAGAUGCAUGGAGACCUCAUGUAUUUAUAUGUCAUCACAGUGGAGGAUCGGCAUGUCAGUAUCACUGCGUCCACUAGAGGAUUUUACUUGAAUCAGUCUACUGCAUACAACUUCAAUCCUAAACCUGCAAAUCCCAGUUUCCUCAGUCAUUCCUUGGUGGAACUACUUAACCAGAUCAGCCCUACCUUCAAAAAAAACUUUUCUGCUCUGCAGAAGAAACGGGUUCAGAGACACCCUUUUGAAAGGAUAGCCACUCCUUUCCAAGUGUACAGCUGGACGGCUCCACAAGCAGAACAUGCUAUGGAUUGUGUCCGGGCAGAAGAUGCUUAUACUUCUAGGCUGGGCUAUGAAGAGCACAUACCUGGACAGACCAGAGACUGGAAUGAGGAGCUGCAGACUACACGAGAGCUACCUCGCAAGAACCUGCCAGAGAGGCUACUGAGAGAACGAGCUAUUUUCAAGGUUCACAGUGACUUCACUGCCGCAGCAACGAGAGGUGCCAUGGCUGUCAUUGAUGGUAACGUCAUGGCUAUCAACCCCAGUGAGGAGACAAAGAUGCAAAUGUUCAUUUGGAAUAACAUCUUUUUCAGCCUGGGUUUUGACGUCCGUGACCACUACAAGGACUUUGGAGGAGAUGUUGCUGCUUACGUAGCUCCUACUAAUGACCUCAAUGGUGUGCGGACCUACAAUGCUGUGGAUGUAGAAGGGCUGUACACACUGGGGACUGUAGUAGUGGAUUACAGAGGUUACAGGGUGACAGCUCAGUCUAUUAUUCCUGGGAUCUUGGAACGGGAGCAGGAGCAGAGUGUCAUCUAUGGGUCAAUAGACUUUGGCAAGACAGUUGUCUCACACCCCAAGUACCUGGAGCUGCUGGAGAAGACCAGCAGGCCACUUAAGAUUCAGAAGCACAAAGUCCUGAAUGACAAGAAUGAGGAGGUGGAGCUGUGCUCCUCAGUGGAGUGCAAAGGCAUCAUUGGCAAUGAUGGACGUCACUAUAUCCUGGACCUGCUCCGCACUUUCCCUCCAGAUCUGAACUUCCUGCCUGUUGAAGGGGAGGAAAUGCCAGAAGAAUGUAAGAAAAUGGGGUUCCCCAAGCAGCACAGGCACAAGCUUUGCUGUCUGCGGCAAGAGCUUGUUGAUGCUUUUGUAGAACACAGGUACCUCUUAUUCAUGAAGCUGGCAGCGCUGCAGCUGAUGCAGCAGAAAGCCAACAAACAGGAAAGCUCAGGUGCAUUGGAAAAUGGCGCCUCUCCAGAGAACGGGACUGCAGAAAGUGAGAAGUCUGAAUCGGAUGAUGGUAAAAUAGAUGAUAAUGUGACUGGACUUGAGCAGGUUAAAGAGCUUGCUGAGACCAUUGCAUCUGAUGACGGAACAGUGGAUCCCAAAAGCAGAGAAGUGAUUCGGAAUGCUUGUAAGGCUGUAGGCUCCAUUAGUGAUGCAUCAUUUGACAUUCGGUUUAACCCAGAUAUUUUCUCACCAGGUGUUCGUUUUCCUGAGUCUAGCAAAGAAGUAGUGCAGGAGCAGAAGCAGUUACUGAAGGAUUCUGCUGCGUUCCUACUCUCAUGCCAGAUUCCAGGUUUGGUCAAGGACUGCCUGGAUCACACUGUGCUCCCAAUGGAUGGAGCUACCUUAGCAGAGGCCAUGCACCAGCGGGGCAUCAACAUGCGCUACUUAGGCAAAGUGAUCAACUUCAUCACCAAGACUCCUGGCCGUGCUCAGUUGGAUCACAUUUUUAAAAUAGGAAUCAGUGAAUUGAUCACUCGAUCAGCUAAACACAUCUUCAAGACAUACCUUCAGGGUGUGGAGCUGUCGGGUUUAUCAGCAGCCAUCAGUCACUUCCUCAAUUGCUUUCUAAGCUCCUUUCCAAAUCCCAUUGCCCAUCUUCCAGCUGAUGAGCUGGUCUCCAAGAAAAAGAAUAAGAAAAGGAAAAACAGGAACCUUGGAAAUGCUGAUAACACUGCAUGGGCCAGCAUGACCCCACAGGAGCUUUGGAAGAAUAUUUGUUCGGAAGCAAAGAACUACUUUGAUUUUAGUCUUGAAUGUGAGAAUGCUGACCAAGCAGCUGAAGUGUAUAAUCUACAGAAAAUCACCCUCCUUCGUGAAAUCUCCCUCAAAACUGGAGUCCAAAUACUGCUGAAAGAGUACAACUUUGACAACCGGCACAAACCCACCUUCACCGAAGAGGAUAUUCUCAACAUCUUCCCUGUAGUGAAGCAUGUAAACCCCAAAGCCUCAGAUGCUUUCCACUUCUUCCAGAGCGGGCAAGCAAAAGUUCAGCAAGGUUUCUUGAAGGAGGGCUGUGAGCUCAUCAAUGAAGCCUUAAACUUGUUUAACAAUGUGUAUGGUGCUAUGCAUGUAGAAAUCUGUGCCUGCCUGAGGCUGCUAGCUCGUCUCAACUAUAUCAUGGGAGAUUAUUCAGAGGCCUUAAGUAAUCAGCAGAAAGCGGUGCUAAUGAGUGAGAGGGUCCUGGGUAUUGAACAUCCCAACACAAUUCAAGAAUACAUGCACCUUGCUCUGUACUGCUUUGCAAACAGCCAACUCUCUACAGCAUUAAACUUACUGUACCGUGCACGCUACCUCAUGCUAUUGGUAUUUGGGGAGGAUCACCCAGAAAUGGCACUCUUAGAUAACAACAUUGGCUUGGUGCUUCACGGAGUUAUGGAGUAUGACCUGUCUCUCCGGUUCUUGGAGAAUGCCCUGGCCAUCAGCUCCAAGUAUCACGGCUCCAAGUCCUUGAAAGUUGCACUAAGUCACCACUUGGUAGCCCGAGUGUAUGAGAGCAAAGCGGAGUUCCGGUCAGCUCUGCAGCACGAGAAGGAAGGCUACACAAUCUACAAAAAUCAGCUUGGAGAACACCACGAAAAGACCAAAGAGAGCUCUGAGUACUUGAAAUACCUGACUCAGCAAGCAGUUGCUCUUCAACGCACAAUGAACGAGAUCUACAAGAAUGGAUCCAAUGCGAACAUUAUGCCACUUAAGUUCACAGCUCCCAGUAUGGCCAGCGUCCUGGAGCAGCUCAAUAUUAUCAACGGAAUUCUCUUCAUUCCACUAAGCCAAAAAGACUUGGAGAACCUUAAAGCAGAGGUACAGCGACGCCAGCAACUUCAAGAAAGCAUAAAAAGCGGUGAACAGGUGGAACCAGAGGACAAAGCCUUGGAGGAGAAAGAGGCUGAGCCAAGCAUGCCUUCUGCUGAGAUCCCCUUAACACAGAGCUCUGCUUAACAUGUACCUCGCUUAAAAAAAAAAAAAAAAAAAAAAAAAAAUUUAAACCACCCUUUUCUGAAUCUGAACCAGGGUCUUGGACUCCCCUGGAGCAGCUCCUCCUUUUUUUGACAAUGUUAUUGCACUGGUACAAUUAAUACACAAUGCAAAGAACUAAUCUGAGAAAUGUAAUCUGUCUGACUGAGCGUGUGUAUCUGCCACGUGAAGGGGGAAAGUGGCCAGGAUGCAGCAGCAUGUGAAAAACCCAUCCUAGGUGAGCACAGCCAGAGGCUGUUGUGCCUGUGUGUGUGUGUGUAAGUGUGUGUGUGUGUGUGCAUAUCAUCAGUUAUUUCUACUUUGUACAUAUGAAUUCCAAAUGAACUGUCUUGAGGUAUAUAACAUUUCUCAGGUCAUUUUUAUGUUGACUAAGGACACUGCUUUGCUAAAAACAGUACAGUCAGUCCCUCCCUCCCCCUCCACUGCUCAGCCUUCUUGUAAAAUGUGGAUUCUAAGCCAAAAGAUUAUUUUUCCCCAUCACUAUUCAAAUUUGUGCUAAGAAAAACUAAGCAGCCAUAUUUGUAUUACUCAGAUGGUUUAAGCCUGUAAUGUGUGUGUAUGUGUAUGUAAGUAAGGGAAUGUACAGCAUUUUCUACAUCAGGAUAUAGCCAUUGGAUUCCUUUAACCAUUGUUUUCUAUUUUUGGUUGGAAGGUUGGCUAUUUAGUGGGUUUUUGUAACAUUCACAUUCUAAUUUUCAAGAGAGAUAGAUAUAUAGAUAUAUAUCAUAUAUAUAUAUAUGAGAACUUGCAGUUCCACCUCUCUGCUUGCAGCUGAAUAACUUAGGAUACAGUAUCCAAAGAGUGAGGACUUGAUGUCAAAAAAAAAAAAAAGCGCACAAAUUUCUGUUGCAAUGGAAACCCCAGUGCCUAGGAGAGGUUGAUCAUGGCAUCAAGAGAGAACUGAACUAAAGUGAUUCAGUAAGGAAUAGUGGCCCUAUUAAUGUAAGGGGGGAGGGGAGAAGGGAGGGAAAGUCAGAAGUAGGGACUUGAUCUGAUUUGAAAAAGCAACUGUAAUACAGAGCUAAUCAACUUUAACAUGAUUGUUGAACUUUACCAGAUUUGAAUGAGUAGUUUCAUACAGUCUAAAACUACUAGGCUUUGGGUAAAAUUCCCAUAACACUGAGAACUAUGGCUAAUACCUUCUUAGUUCUUUAACUUUUUUGCACACUGGGUUUGAGAUUGUUCCUAGGGGAGCUUCCAUUGCUGGCAAUGGAUGUUACUGAAAUGGCAGAUGCCACUAAAUGAAUAGAUUCCCCUCUCCCACCACACACACUUCCCAUCAUGUUUUUAAGUAGAGCAUGCUCUUUAUCUUCACAAAGCAAGUAAGAUUUAGCCACUGCAGGCCAUGGUAUGCCGACAGAGUUGAAUGUUUUUUUUUUCCCAACUAGAUUAAGCUGUAGAGCAACUGACUUAUGAUUGCUAGUUGAAAACCACACUGCGCUGAUAAAGGAGUCCAGUCUCUCUUUUUUUGUCUGUCACAGUUAGUACUCUAUGCUAAUUUGCAUUGCUUCUUUUACUGACCUUCUGGAGAAACAAGUGCUGUCACUGUGCUCUGUACCCUUGGUUUCCUGUACUACAUUACAGGUAUUUGUAACUUUGGUGGGGGGAAGGGAAGAUGGGGAGCAGCCUCCGAGGUGUUGGAGGUGACAAAGCAGGAGGAGUCUUUACUGCAAAAGGACUUGCUCCUAUCAGAAAAAUUCUGAAUUUCCUGGAAAGCAAUCAAUAAAUGACUACAGUGCAUCUUU